AUGGAGUCCACCAAUGCAUCUAGAACGGGAACGGUAUCAAUUGAGAAAAUAUGGCAACAAGUUGAAGAAUUGAAGGAAGAAGUGAAAGGAUUGCUAAUGGAUUCUCAAAAGAAACCUUUGGAAAAGUUGGAGUUGAUUGAUUCAAUCCAACGUUUAGGAGUUUCUUACCAUUUUGAGAAUCAGAUUGAUGAAAUCUUAGAAAAAAUGCACCACGACUACUCUAAUGGCGUUGUUGAUACAGAGCACGAUGUAUUUAACAAGUUUAAGGACGAAGAAGGAAACUUUAAGGCAUCCUUAGCCAUUGAUGUGUCAAGCUUGCUAAGUUUGUGUGAGGCUACACACCUUCAUAUACACGGGGAAGAAAUUCUUGAUGAAGCCAUAGCUUUCACUACCACUCAUCUUGAGUCAAUGGUGUGCAGAAUAAGCCUCCACCUCUUGGAAAAGGUCACAUUUGCCCAUAACAAUUAA